AUGCAAAAUGGAAAAGCAGCCAACUUUUAUGAGGUACUUUCUCUAGAUUGCUCCAAGUUUGUAGGUCCUGACGAAAUCAAGAAAGCAUACAGAUGCAAAGCUCUUAAGUUCCAUCCUGAUGCUUGCCCUCCAUCCGCAAAAGAAGAGUCAACAAAGCGAUUUCUUGAGCUGAGAAUGGCAUAUGAGACAUUAUCUGAUCCCAUUUCGCAAGAAAUUUACGAUCAUGAGCUCAGUUUGGUUGAUGUGGUGGGAAGAACAAGACAUGGGAUGAGUUGUUCCAUGGGAAAUAAAGCUGCUAGAACCCUGCAAAGUGGAAGGGCAGCCAACUUUUACGAAAUACUUUCUCUUGAUUGCUCCCAAUUCAUAGGUCCUGAAGAAAUCAAGAAGGCCUACCGAUGCAAAGCUCUUAAGUUCCAUCCUGAUGCUUGCCCUCCCUCGGCAAAAGAAGAGUCGACCAAGCGAUUUCUUGAGCUAAGAAUGGCGUAUGAGACAUUAUCUGAUCCAAUUUCACGAGAAUUGUACGAUCAUGAGCUUAGUUUGCUUGAUGUGGAGGGAAGAAAAACGCAUGGGAUGAAUUGUUGCACGGGAAAUAAGGUUUGGGAGAGGCAAAUCACUGAACUGAAUAAGCGAUCAAGGCAGAAAAUUGAGAGGAGGAAUGCAAUGGGAAUGUAG